GAUCCUAUAGGGAUUUUAGAAAUAAUUCAAAAUGAGGCUCUUACGGAGACACUAUGGACCUCUUAAAUUGGCUAUGGUGGGUAUUGUCUUUGUAAUAUUUGUCUUCAUUAUGCAAAAAGAUGUUGGCAAUGGCACCAAAGAUGAUCCCUGGUUAAAGAACAUUGUGGAGCGAAAAGAUCAGGUGCUGGAUAUGAUGAUGGGGGCGGUGAAUAAUUUAAGGGACUCCAUGCCAAAACUUCAGAUCAAUGCCCCGGUUCAGCAAGAGGAACCAGAACAGAAAGCAAAGUCUUGCUUGCCUGGAUAUUACACUCCAGGAGAGCUCAAAUCUUUCAUGGAAAGACCACCAGAAGAUCCAAACAGCCCUGGUGCUGACGGAAAAGCAUUUAAAAAGGACACGUGGACACCAGAGGAGACAAAACAGAAGGAUGACGGAUAUACCAAGCAUUGCUUCAAUGCCUUUGCCAGUGAGAAGAUCUCUCUCCACAGGUCUUUGGGACCUGACACAAGACCUCCAGAGUGUAUUGAGCAGAAAUUCAAGCGAUGCCCUUCACUUCCAACAACCAGUGUGAUUAUUGUAUUCCAUAAUGAGGCCUGGUCAACUCUCCUCCGGACAGUGCACAGUGUUCUACAUACAUCACCCGCAAUCCUGCUAAAAGAAGUAAUUCUUGUAGAUGAUGCUAGUAUAGAUGAUUACCUGAAGGAGGAGUUGGACAACUACGUGAAGUCUCUGCAGAUCGUAAAAGUUGUACGACAGCAAGAGAGAAAGGGUUUAAUCACCGCCAGGUUGCUGGGUGCCAGUGUUGCUACAGGCGAGGUGCUGACCUUCCUGGAUGCCCAUUGUGAAUGUUUCCAUGGUUGGCUGGAGCCUCUCUUAUCUAGAAUUGCUGAAGAUUAUACAGCUGUUGUGAGCCCAGAUAUCACAACUAUUGACCUGAACAGUUUUGAGUUUUCCAAACCAGUGCAAUAUGGCAAGCACCACAGCCGUGGUAAUUUUGACUGGAGUUUAACAUUUGGUUGGGAGGCUAUACCAGCCCAUGAGAAGGAAAGGAGAAAGGAUGAAACCUACCCCAUUAAGUCUCCGACAUUUGCUGGAGGUCUCUUCUCAAUCUCCAAGGCUUACUUUGAGCACAUAGGAUCAUAUGAUGACCAAAUGGAAAUCUGGGGAGGAGAAAAUGUAGAAAUGUCUUUUAGGGUCUGGCAGUGUGGAGGUCAGUUGGAGAUCCUACCUUGCUCUGUGGUGGGCCAUGUGUUUCGUACAAAGAGUCCGCACUCCUUCCCCAAAGGAACUCAGGUGAUCACUAGGAACCAGGUACGUCUAGCAGAGGUCUGGAUGGAUGACUAUAAGGAGAUUUACUACCGGAGAAACCAACAAGCUGCAAAAAUGGUUAAAGAAAGGAACUUUGGAGACAUUAUGCCGCGGCUAAAGCUCAAACAUGAUUUGCAUUGUAAGAAUUUUUCAUGGUAUCUCCAAAAUAUCUACCCAGAGAUGUUCAUACCAGACCUCUCACCAACUUAUUUUGGGGCUAUUAAAAAUGAAGGAUCCCAGAGCUGCCUUGAUGUUGGAGAAAAUAACCAUGGAGGAAAACCUCUCAUCAUGUACCCUUGUCAUGGGAUGGGAGGAAAUCAGUACUUUGAAUAUAGUACGCAGAAUGAACUGCGACAUAAUAUUGGGAAGCAGCUGUGCUUGCGCUCCAAAUAUAGUGCUGGUCCAGUGGAGCUUGGAGAAUGUCAAUACAAGGGAAAAGGAACUACUGUUCCAGGAAAUGAGGAGUGGGAAAUUACUAAGGAUCGUUUACUAAGAAACACUGGCUCGCAACUAUGUCUAACCUCCCGGGGAGAACAUCCGUCCACCACCAACUGUAAUCCUGGAGAUGUACACCAGCGCUGGGGCUUUAGCUAAUUCCCAUCAUGCUCAGUGACUGCUACUUGAGGACUUUAUCUUCAGUGCCUUCUUAUCCCCUGGAUAUUAAUGAGAAAAGUGCCCAUUUCUCAGAGUUGCCACUGGGCAGGAAGCAUUUAAAACUUAUCAUUUUAAAACGUUUACAUUUUAGAUCCGUGCCUUGAAGGAAAAGAAAAAAACCAAAUGAACACCUUUUCCAUUGAAAUAAGCUUUCAUAAAGCUGGGUGUUGGGGUUCCCCUUAACCGCAUUUAUGGAUUAUAAAGAGAAAUUUGGACAGGCCAGAUUUGCACUAGUUGUUCUCCAACACUACGCAAGUGUGCAGCAUACAGCUGUUGGGUUUUAUCCCACUAGAACUUGAGCAGAGAUGAUGUUUCAUCUGAGAAGUGCUGCACUUGUUUAUAUAUAGCAAUAAUUAAGGUAGUAUAAUCAAUCUGAAGUAAAUCCAUCGCUGCCAUGGACAGUCAGGCCUCAGAUCGUGCUGGGACUUGUAUCAUGACAACAUUUAUGACCUCAAGUUGUAUAAAUAUGGCAAGAUUACUGUAAGGUUGCACAGAAUCACACUGGACUGGUUGUCCUCUGCUUGGCCAAUUAUCAAUCUGCACAAAGUGGAAUUGUUCUUCCCAUUACAUGACUCUUCUGGCAGGAGAUUAGCGCAACUUUAUUGCAAUGAAGUUUUUUUUAAUCGAGAAUGUUGUGAGAUUAACUGUGAUUUCAUCCAUUUUGAAAUGUACAUUUUAUGUAUUUGUAUAGUCUUUUGCACAGCACCAAGGCCACCAUCUAAGAAGGCAAAGAGCAGUCAAUAUACAAUAACCCAUAAUAAUUCUUCUUUCAGCAA